CAAUCUUGUCUGCGAGGUUAUGUAAAGCCUGACGGCUGGUAUACUGUGAAUGCUGUGAAUAAAAUUUUUAUCAACAAUAUUUUUCCCGGCUCAUCAUCAUCAUGAGGAUAACAAUUCCAUCUUUCAAGCACUUCAAUGUCCUCAAUAAAAUUGGUGACCUUACCAAGCGAUACUCCAACUUGCCCGAUUCAUACAUUAAGCGUGCCACAGAACAGGUUUACUGGCGAACCCCUAGAGAUCACAGAUAUCUAAAUAGAACAGUGCAAAGACUGCGAUUCCGUUUUACAACAAAUCGUCCAUGGACGAGUCAAUUUUAUCAGCAGAAUUUACCCGGAACGCAUCGAAAGCCAGUGUUCGUAGAACCAAUCGAGGAAUGGUCUUACUUCAAAGGAGAUCGUGUCGAAGUGUUGGUAGGUCGUGACAAGGGAAAGCAAGGGAUCGUUACACAGGUAAUUCAGGAACGCAAUUGGGUAAUCGUAGAAGGAAUGAACUGUCAUCAUCGGAGAGUCGGACAGGACAAAGACUUUCCGGGAAUUCUGAUCAAAUCAGAAGCACCCCUACUCGUGACAAAUCAAAUCGCUUUGGUUGAUCCAUCCGAUCUGCAAUCGACUCCGUUUGAAUGGCGGUACACGGAAGAAGGCGAAAAGGUGCGAGUGUCAUCGAGAACAGGGCGAAUAAUUCCGUUACCGAAGUCGAUGGAAGAAACAGUUGACUACAAGUCGAAAAAAGCUUACGUCGAACGGGAAAAGGAUACUCCUGCCGCUGUUGCAUCAGCAGUCACAUUCGAACCGAAAAUAAUGACAUUCGAAAUGGAAAUCAUGAAGGAAAUGGGUAUUACGGAGGACAGAAUACCAGGAAAAACGUUUUGGUACUGAGAACGUCACCUGUCUCCUCUUUAUUGAAAUGAAAAUAAUUGGUGCUGUACCAGCAAUUAAUGAAUAAAUUGUGUAGCGUUCGUCAGGCUUCU